AUGUUCAAGACGAUUCAGGCAGCUGUAAAUAACUUGUCUACUACUGCUCCUGAAACCCAAAUCCUGAUGAUUGCACCAGGCAAAUACAUUGAGCAAGUCACAAUCCCUGAUCGUCAAGCCCAGUUAACGAUAUAUGGUUUGAAGAACCCAUCUACCUCGUAUGCUGAUAACCAGGUUACAAUAUCAUUCAACAAGAACCGUGCGACUGAGACCAACAAUUAUGAUACUGCUACGCUACGUAUGAAGGCGUCAAAAGUGAAGAUGUAUAAUGUGAAUGUGGAGAAUACGAGUGCGCCAAGUACGCAUCAGGCUCUGGCAGUGGCCGCUUUUGUUGGGAUGCAAGGUUACUACGGCUGCCAAUUCAGUGCAUAUCAAGACACUGUGUGGACUAACGAAGGUCAUCAAGUCUAUGCUAAGUGUAUGAUUUCUGGACAAGUUGACUUCAUUUUCGGAGAAGCCAUUUUCGUCGAAGGUCGAGCUCUUGUGACGAAAUCUGAUGUUCGUGUGGUUCCUGGUCAUCUUGGUUUUAUUACGGCUUCCGGGCGAGCUAGUAGUACUAGUCAGGCUUGGCUGGUGUUGGAUCAAUGUAAUAUUGGUGGUGGAGAUGCCAACACCACCGGCAAGAUCUUCUUGGGACGUCCUUGGGGGGAUUUCGCCAAAACGACCGUACAAAAUUCGGUGCUAUCCAACAUUAUCAACCCUGAUGGCUGGGCACCAUGGUCACCGACAAUGCCACAUACAGCUAACGCAACUUUUGUCGAAUUUGGUAAUACUGGUCCUGGUGCAGCUGGUAAUCGUACAAUCGGCAAACAUGCUGGUAGCGUAGUGACCAUUGCCGAUGUUUUGGGUACAGAUUACAUGACUAUGCCCUAUGUGGAUGCCAAAUUUCUGUAA